AUGACUGCCGUCUUUGCCUUGCGACACGCCUACGACAGCAUCGUCGGUGCUCAUGCUCCGGCAGAGAUCUUCGACAUGAUGAAGUCCUUCACCACGAACCUGUUGGCGAUAUCUGCGCAUGGCUGGACCGAAAUCUCCAACUUCGCGGCUAGUUUUGAGAACUUGCUAGCUCCAUUGCUGACAGCUGUCAUUCGGAAAGUGCCAGCAGCGUCUCUCGUUUAUCCGACCGAGCUAGACUCAGAACUGAACAACUUCUUAUUGCCACGAACGACGACCCUGGACAGCCUCUUUGCCGGAGCAGCCGCGACUCGCAUGCCCGACUUCGAUUUCGACAUGGACAUGGACAACCUGAUGACGGAUGAUUGGUUCCUAGAAGCUUUCGACGGCACCGACCAGUUUAGCUGGGAAGGUAUGGAUCUAGAUCAAGUAGCACUGCCCACAGCUCCACAUGUCGCUCCGUAG